AGCUUCCGUGAGCUCUCAUCCGCCGGCAAUGAGAUGAUGAGCUCAACAACAUAACCAGAAAGCAACAUAUCUAAAGAGUAACACACUCAGAUCUACAGAGCAGUUUAAAAAAGCUCGUAUUGAACAAUAAUACCAGUCUCAACCAUGGACAUCGAAUCCCUCUUCAGCGUCAAGGACAAAGUAGUCCUGGUAACAGGCGGCGCCAAGGGCGUAGGGCGGAUGAUUUCGGAAGCGUUCGUGCGGAACGGCGCCAAAGUGUACAUCUCGUCGCGCGACGCGGCGGCCUGCGAUGCCGCCUGCGCCGAGCUCAACAACAGCCUGCCCGGCGGCGGUAGGGCCAUCCCGCUGCCGGCCGACCUCUCCCAGCUGUCGGAAUGCCAGCGCGUCGCGCACGAGCUCACGGCCCGCGAGAGCAGGCUGCACGUGCUGGUCAACAACUCGGGCGCGACCUGGGGCGAGGCCUACGACAGCUUCCCCGACAAGGCGUGGGAGAAGCUGCUGACGCUGAACCUGCAGCGCGUGUUCACGCUCACGCAGGCGCUGACGCCUCUCUUGGAGAAAGCCGCCGUCGCUUCCUCGAAUGGGACCGGGACCGGGGCGACGACGGUGCUCGACCCAGGCCGGGUGAUCCACAUCGGCAGCAUCGACGCGCUGCGUGUGCCGCUGCUGCCGACGUUCGCGUACAGCGCCAGCAAGGCCGGCCUGCACCACCUAAGCCGGCACCUGGCCGUCGAGCUCGGGCCGAGGGGCAUCACGAGCAACACGCUGGCGUGCGGGCCGUUCCCGAGCAAGAUGAUGGCGGCGACGCUCAAGAAUUUCGGGGACGAGAUCCGGGCGGCCAAUCCGCUGGGCCGCAUCGGCAUGCCCAGCGACGUGGGCGGUGCGUGCCUCUUCCUCGCGAGCCGCGCGGGCGCGUUCGUGAACGGGGCCACGCUGGCGCUGGAUGGUGGUGUGGCGUUGAUGAGCAAGAUCUAAAUCGGCUUGACUACUAGUAGUAACUCGUUCCGGGAAACGGGAUACGGGAUAUAAUCAUCUAUAUAUUAUGAAUAUAUAGGAAGCCAUGUAUACCCAAGGUAGAAGAAGAUCGUGAGGAGA